AUGGCUUGGAUGCUGGAAGGAUGGGAGAAAGAUGAAUGUUACGCAAAGUACGGUGUCGAUGGGACAAUUUGCUCAUUUCGUGUGUAUCUGUCGGAAGUUGAGAAGCAUUGCCCGAUGUUACCGUGGAGGAGCCGUACGCAGCAGAAUUUGCCGAAACAGAAAAGGGCAUCGGUGCAGCGAAAUUUAUCAAAACUUUUUAUGCUUAUGUAUGACAGUGAGGUGAAUUACGUGUUUAUUCGAGAGCGUAUCACUCGUUUGUGGCCAAAAUGGUUGGAUGCGUACAAUGAAAUGAUCUCAAGGUGGCCUGAAACAGUGCUACAACGACAGAGGCUUAAUAUAAUAAUGCACAUGGGAUUCCUGAGUUCCGAAUCAGGCUUUCGGUUCGGGGCAUUGUCGUCUGUUGGUGGCCCAUUGGGCGAACUUGUCCAAUGGUCAGAUUUGAUUGCUGCGCUCUAUCUGUUGGGGCACAGGCUGUUCAUCUCAACCGAAAUUGAAACGCUUAAAAAGUGA